UAUCUCUCUUGUUUGCUUUUAAUCUUGCUUCAACAAUGGCUAACACUUCAAGAAUUGAGUUUUGCCGAUGUGGGCGUAUUUGCGAAUUGAAAAUUUCAUGGAGUCCAAAUAAUCCCGGAAGGAGAUUUUUUUCGUGCCCAAUUGAUGAGGCUAGAGGUGGAUGUAAUUACUUCAAUUGGUACGAACCAAGGCAUCCCGAGCAAGCAAAUAAAGUCAUUUAUGGGUUGUUGAAGAGGGUUAAAGCUUUUGAGGAAGAAAAGGCUCGUGCAAGACGAACUAGGAAGAAGUUGGUGUUUGGUGUAGUGUUGUUGUUUGCAAUUUGGUUCCUGUUUUGGAAUUGUAGUCGAUGAUGUUUAGUUUUAGUAAUUAUAAUAGGUUAAAUUGCAGUGCAUUUUGAUGUUUUAGGGAUAGUUUUAUGGACAGUUUAAGGGACUGUUUUAGGGACUCACAAAGUUGGCCAAAUUUUGUGAUUUUGUGUAAUUGUAUAUGACCACACUUUUAUGAAUCGAAUGAAUAUA